GAAAUUUUUGUAUUUGGAUUUUUUCCGUUUUCCCUACUUUGUAAUUAAACUGUCAAAGUCAGUAAAAUGUCAACAAGGCAUUAAUUAUAAAAAACUAAUUAACUAAUUAAUAAAAAAUAUUUAAUUAUAAACAAACAUGGCUUUAUUAAAGGAUAAAGGCCAAUUAAGUUUUGAAGAUAAAUGGCCAUCGAUGAGGCCAAUCGUUUUAAAACUAUUACAACAACAGCCGGUCACACAAGCUGAAUGGCAAGAAUUAUUUUAUAACGUUCAUUUGGUGUGUUCAUGGGAUGAAAAAGGUCCGGUGAAGAUGCGUGAUGCAUUACAGGCUGAUAUAUUUGCGUUUAUAAAGCAAGCACAAGCCCGUGUGUUGGCUAAUCGUGAGGAACAAGCAUUAUUAAAAGCAUAUAUUGUUGAAUGGAGGAAAUUUUUUACACAAUGUAAUUAUUUACCAACACCGUUUCGACAAUUAGAAUCGACAUUACAAGGUAAAACAAUCACUGGGGGGAGUAGUGGAGCUAGUGUACAAAAUUCAUCAUCUGGUGGUAACAAAAAAAAUACCCAAGAUGAGAGUAUUGUACGAAAAUUAAUGUUAGAUUCUUGGAAUCAAAGUAUCUUCUGUGAUAUUAAACAUCGUCUACAAGACUCAGCAAUGAAAUUAGUACACGCUGAACGUAAUGGUGAAGCAUUCGAUUCACAACUAGUGAUUGGUGUACGUGAAUCCUAUGUGAAUUUAUGUUCGAAUCGUGACGAUAAAAUGCAAAUUUAUCGUGAUAAUUUCGAGGCUGCAUACAUUCAAGCAACCGAAGAAUUUUAUAAAUUAAAAGCCCCACAACAUUUACAAGCAAAUGGAGUACAAUCAUUUAUGCGAUAUGCAGAUGCAAAACUACGUGAAGAAGAGGCACGCGCACAGAAGUAUUUAGAAGCGGGGAGUGGAGCUGUCGCUGAAUGUUGUGUUCGAGUGCUAGUUUGGACACCAUUACCAACACUCUUAGCAGAAUGUGCCCCACUUAUACAAGCUGGUGAAACUGAGCGGCUUCAAUUAAUGUUUCGUUUGUUGGAACGAGUACCUGAAGGAGUUCAACCUAUGUUAAAUGAAUUAGAACAACAUAUCAUUAAAGCUGGUCUUGCAGAUAUGGUGGCAGCAGCUGAUAUAAUAACACAAGAUUCAGAAAAAUAUGUUGAACGAUUAUUAGAAUUAUUUCGUAAAUUUAGUACUCUAGUAAAAGAAGCGUUUCUGGACGAUCCAAGAUUUUUAACAGCACGAGACAAGGCAUUCAAAGCAGUUGUUAACGAUACAACAGUGUUUAAAUUAGAAUUAGCUGGUAGUGGUCGUGCUUUAGGUACAAAAGUCGUUGCACCAGAGAGUAAAUGUCCUGAAUUAUUAGCAAACUAUUGUGAUAUGUUAUUACGACGAACACCGCUCAGUAAACGUUUAAGUAGUGAAGAAAUCGAAGAACGUUUAAAAAAUGUUUUAUUAGUUUUAAAAUACGUUGCUAACAAAGAUGUCUUUAUGCGUUAUCAUAAAGCACAUUUAACGCGACGUUUAAUCUUAGAUGCUAGUGCUGAUAGUGAGAAAGAAGAGGACAUGGUUGAAUGGUUACGAGAAGUUGGUAUGCCUGCUGAUUAUGUUAACAAAUUGGCACGAAUGUUCCAAGAUAUUAAGGUCUCUGAAGAUUUAAAUACACAAUUUCGUUCACAAACCACACGACACGAUGCGAUCAAUAUAAAAAUAUUAAAUGCUGGUGCAUGGGCUCGAGGAUCGGAACGUGUUAGUGUUAGUUUACCAAUCGAACUCGAAGAUUAUAUCCCUGAAGUUGAAGAAUUUUAUAAGAAAAAACAUUCAGGUCGAAAGUUACAAUGGUAUCAUCAUAUGAGUAAUGGUACCAUAACAUUCGCGAACUCAGUGGGUCGUUUCGAUUUAGAUGUCACCACUUUUCAAAUGGCCGUACUUUUUGCUUGGAAUCAACGGCCAAAGGAAAAGGUUACAUAUGAAAAUUUACGCUUAGCAACUGAAUUACCCGAUGGGGAAUUACGUCGAACUCUCUGGUCGUUAGUUGCAUUUCCAAAAUUAAAGAAACAAUUGUUAAUAUAUGAACCGUUAGUAGCGGCUCCGAAAGAUUUUGAAGAAAAUACAACGUUUUGGAUUAAUCAAGAAUUUUCGUUAAUUAAAAAUGGUAAAAUGCAACGACGGGGGAAAGUAAAUCUCAUUGGACGAUUGCAGUUAAGUACAGAACGAUCUCAACAAGAGGAUAAUAAAUCAAUUGUUGAAUUACGAAUUUUACGUACCCAAGAAGCAAUUAUAAAGAUUUUAAAGAUGCGUAAAAGUAUCAGUAAUACAGCAUUACAAACAGAGCUAGUGGAUAUUUUAAAGAAUAUGUUUUUACCAUCGAAGAAAAUGAUUAAAGAACAAUUAGAGUGGUUAAUUGAACAGAAAUAUAUUCGUCGUGAUGAUAACGAUAUUAAUAAAUUUAUUUAUGUCGCAUGACCAACACCUGAAUCUGAAACAUCUUGUAUCAUCAUCAAUUAUUCAUCUCAAACGGUCGACAUUCAUCAUGUAUUUUGUGUAU